UAGCAGGCCGAAACUGACUCUCGACUGAUAUUCAGUUGACUGUGUUUAGCGCAGCACGACGGUUGCUAUCGACAUUUAACUAACGACAAGCGUGCGCUUGUAACACGGUCAAUAAACUAUAAAACAAAAGACGAACGAUCUUUGUUGUGUACUCGUGCUUAAAUCAGCAAAAUGGCUACAGAAGUUGUCAAUAACGCUCCCGACAACACCACCAAAGAAAAAGAAAUGAAAGAGGACGCGCCCGCGGACAAUACCCAGACAAAAGAAGAAAAUGCUACCGAAGAAAAGGUUGAGGAAAAAGUGGCUGAAGAUAAGAAAGCUGAGCCAGCAGCACCAAAACCGAAUGUCCAUAAGGCGAACUUCCAGCAAGAUAUGGUCUAUCUCUACCAAUUUGCCAGGACGCCUUUGUUACCCUCUACAUCCCCGUACUGCUUGAAAGUUGAAACUUGGCUUCGCUUGGCCGGUAUCAAAUAUGAGAACGUAGACCACAAAGCGAAGUUCAGGUCUAAGAAAGGCCAGCUCCCAUUCAUUGAGUUGAACGGUGAGGAGAUCGCUGACAGCACCUUCAUUAUCAAGCAGCUCUCUGAGAAGUACAACAAGGAUCUUGACGCAGCCCUAACGCCGGAACAACGCGUCGUCACCCACGCUAUGGUGUCGAUGAUCGAGAAUCAUCUGUCAUGGGUGAUGCUCUGGUGGCGUGCCAAGUACCCGGAUAGUGUCAUCAAGGGUUACCAGGUCAACUUGCAGAACGCUCUUAACACUCGUCUGCCCAACGCAAUCCUGAACUUCUGCUACAAACUCACCUCUGGACGUAAGGGCAUGAAGAAGGCCAAAGCCCACGGCAUUGGGGUACACAGUCAGGAAGAGAUCAUCGAGUUCGGCAAGAACGAUCUCCGUGUGCUCUCCGACCUGCUCUCCGACAAGCCUUUCUUCUUUGGAGACGAGCCCACUCUUCUAGACGUUGUGGCAUUCGCGAACUUAGCCCAACUUCACUUCAUUGACAAAGAAGUGGCCCACCUGUUGCGCGAUGCUAUGAAUGAGUCAUUCCCAAACCUAGUUGGUCUAGUGUCACGUAUCAAGGAACGCGCCUAUCCCGACUGGGACGAGAUUUGUGUCAGCGAGGUGGCUCCACCAGCCAAGAAGGAGGCCAAGGAGACCAAGGAAGGCACAGACAAGCCAGAAAAGCAGCCGCUUGAGGAGCCUGAAAAGGAAAAGGACGAAAAAGAAGAGCUAGCUGAGAAGGAGCCAGAAGACAAAGAGAACGAGAAGGAGAAGGAGAAAGAGAAGUAAAAUAGAAAGUCGAGUAGCGCCGUUUUCACAUUCGAAUUUACAUCGGCGCUGUACUCUUUUGUAUAAACACGAUGAACGGUGGCUGUUAGAUUAAACCGUUUAUUAGUAGAUAUAAUAUAAUCGCCGCCAUACUGACAUACAAAAUUACACUUAGGAGAUUCGCUGCAUUCUGUAUAUUAAAAGCGAGUAAAUCCAUUUGUCUUUCCCGUUCCUUAAGUUGAAGCCGCGAACGCGUCGGUAUUUUUUGACAUUUUCCCAUUAGAUUUGCUGUCGUGUUUGAACGAAAUAUUUGUGUAAUAUUUUGAUGUGUUUGACGCUUGUUUCAUUAAUUGCUGAUUUAAAUUGUAUUUUAUCACGUAAGUAAUUGUUUAGGUACUUACAUUGUUAGAUAAUCAUAAUAUUCAACUGCUAUAUUAUUGGAUAAAUUUAGUAUUUACGGUAUUUAGACGAUUGGUAACACUUUGUAUUGUUAAGUAUGGUUAGCGGAUAUUGUCGUUUCGUAUAGGCAGAUAUUGUAGGGAGCAUUUUCAUGACUUUUCAUGUUAGGGCGAUAUAGAAAUAUAGAUAUUUAUGUGCUCAUGUUAAUCACCACUUAAAUUACAUUGAAUGUUGUGAAAUUUAAGUGUUAGCGUAGUUGAUACCAAAAAUUGGCUGAUUUUUAUAGUUAAUUGGAUAAUAUUGUAUCGAGAAACGUUAAGAGCUGAAGUGCUUAGACUUUUGGAUCUUCUUUAUAAUUCAUUGGUUUACGCGCGAAAAGAAAAUUUACAAUUUACAAAUUUUUUAUAGAAAUCGAACUUCUGGAAGACUGUUUUUCAAUUUUAAUUGUAAUUCAUAGUCCGUAAACUUUUGAUAUUAUAUUAUAGUUAUUUUAAGGUUAAGAGUGUAUCGGAUAUAAACUGUCCGUCUGAAGUUCUGCGGCACUAUAACAAGUGACGUCUCUAGGGAACCCUUCGUAGCUUGAACGAGCAAAAUGUUCGACGUUACUCCAUCGCCAACGUCGUCGGAGGCUUCCUCCCACUCAUCACCAUCUCACUCAUCUCAUUACGAAUCUUCACCACACGCAUCACCUCCCGCAUCCGUUCCUCAUUCACCGGCGGGGUCACCGGCGCACGAUUCAUCAUCUUCAUCUUCCGCGGCCCCGUCCCCGCAGCGUGUUCCAUUUAUAUAUCCCACCAACUACCCGAUGCAUCCUCACUAUCACUCACAUUGUUUCCACAACUCAAUGCCUCCAGGGCUCCACUAUUUGCCAGGCAUGAGGUUUAUAGCAUCUCUCCUUGUACCGCGUCCGAUCCAGAGAUGUCCUACUCCGCCACCUUUAUCGCAGACGCCCGAAGUCUCCGUAAAAGGCUUUCUGGCAACACCUCCAUUAUCGAUAACAUCGACGCUAUCAUCAUUAUCGCCGUUGUCAUUGUCGCCGCCAAAAUCACCGGAAAGAGAUAUCCCACAGGGGACUUUGCCAACAACAUCAGCGUCUUUGUCAUCCGCCUUGUCAUGUACCCCAUCAAAGCCGAUUCGUGCUUCAACAUCACUUCCACGUUUAUCGUUUAAAAUCCCACCACCACCAGGUCCAUCAACAUCAUCACGAUCACAAUCAAUGAAACCGCAACCACCAUACAAAUCGUUAAAGAAAUCCGUAUCUGAACCAAAUCUUCACAAUCAAUCUUAAAUUCAAUAUUUAACGCAGAUAAAGCCUACUUAUAUGAUUAUAUUUUAGUAUUGUGUUACAAGGUAACAGACCAAAACCCCAGAGCAUCCUACAUGCUCGAAAAUGUACAAAAUUUCUAUUAAGAGUGUUCUGUCAGUCGAUGUAUAAGCAAAAAAAAAAUUUAAAUUAACGUCCAAAUUAUUCAAUUCAUUAUGAAUUUAUUACAUAAAAGUUUACAUAGUAGGCUUAGUUUAGAAAAAUAUUAUAUACGGAUACUUUACGAUAUUUUCCCUCAUCACACCCCCAUAAUCAUAUGAAUUUUUUAUGUCUCCAUACUCAUUGACUCUUCAUCAUCCACUUGGCGGUUAUUGUUGCUUUGUGAAUCAUCAUCAUCACCACUCAUCAUUUACUAUUUGUCAAGCAUAUCAUGCAUUCAUAUCCGGGCCGUCACUCUAAGUUCGGAGCACAAAUCUAUAAAAAUACAAUAAUACUCGAUAAAGACUGUACUCUCCGCGGUGACUUCGUCUGUAUCAAUUCACCAGCCUCUUAACAUUUAGUUCUCACUGAAACAGGCUUAGUUCGUUAUUUUUAGCCCGUUAUAUUUCGUUCAGCAGUCGUCUGACCUAUAUGGCAGUUUGGGGCGAUGCAUGGUUCACCAAUGUCGGGAUCUUCUAAGACAUUUUAUAUGUAGGGCAGUGUCGUAGGACCUGCAGGGAACGCGGCGAUACGGAAUUUUUUGGUCGUGCGACUUUUUUAAGUUUAUCGUACAUAUUUUAGUUGCUAAUACUCAGUGAAGAAGCACCCUGACACAGACUUAACGGAUACCAGGACCAAUUUUUAUUAACGUUUACAAUAAGAUGGAAUGAUUUAUGUAGAUAUAAGCACAAAGCUCUACGCGUUCCCUUCACAAUCAGGCAAUGCUGUCAUUUGCGCCAUUCCAGUCAGAAACCAAGCGCUCGUUCGCUAGUUGAAGGACAAUCUUCUAGACUAAUUGCCGUCUAUAUACCCUAUAUCUUAAUCUAUUAGGUUAAGGGACUUGUAAAUUUGAUCGAAAUCAACCGUUGUUCACAAAAGUAGAUAUCAUAGCAAGUGUCUCUAGGCGAGCGACCUCGAGGGGGCACUAAAUGAUAUUAGAUGUAAGUUAAUUAAUUCUAGAUGUAUGUGCUGUCAUGGCAAGUAGUAGUACAGUAUAAAGGACAUUAGUUAAAUGAAAUUAAUUUGAGGUUUAAAAUUUUGGGUUGACCAUUUUUGGGGUAAGGUCGACGAACGUCCCUCCCGACAACUGCUGACCAUCACUGCCACUUAUAAUUGGGUGUAAGAGUUAAGAUUAAGGAUGUUAGCAUAGGAUAUGAUGCAUAGAUAUCAUAUAGCUAACGUAAGGCUAUGUUAGUAUGGAACGUUCGACCAUUCGUGAGCCUGUUUCAGUGCUUUCGGUACCGCGUCGCAUCGCAUCUCGGACACGAACGAAAACACUUCGUUAUCUCCGUCGCACUGUCGAACGUUUCGUGGGCGAAGCUCAUUUCAUUCGUUCACCGGGCUUAAUUCGUUCACGGAUCGUUCGAUAGUUGAAUCAUUUCAUUAGAAUAUCGCUCAUUCUGAUACGGUUAUUAAAACGACACAAUUUGUACAUAAAUUUAUGAAAUACGUGUUAAAGGAGAUAACAUGGAGUUGGGCGUUAUCCGGUUAUGAUUUAAUCAUACUUAGUUGACUAAGAUUAGGCAAGUUCGGCUCAAUUGUUGGGAAUUGUUGGCGAUAAGAACAUUUUUUAAACCAGUGGUGGUAUUAACGCGAGCGUUUUCUUUGUCUCACAAAAAGUUUAAAGUGUCUGUAUUCUUGUGUCUAUUGUGUUUUAAGCUAAUACCGUAUAUGACAAAUUAUUAGUAAUUAUUGUAGCUACGCUAUUUGUUUAUAUUGUAGUUGUAGUCAAAAAUUAUUUCUAUUUAGAUAUAAUUUCAUUUUUUUUUCUUUAUGGUGUAGUUAACGUGUUUUUCAAUUAAUGUGUCAAUAUAUGAUAAGUAAUAUUCAAUUUAGAUAGUACUGGUUCGCCAUAUUGUACCGAUUAUACAUAAAAUAACUGAGCUUUCAUUGGAUACAAUGUUCUAUUAAGGAUUUCGAUGUAACAUUCUGCCUACAUUAAAGUAUAUAUCUAAUAA